AUGGAAAAGAAGAAGAAGAAUAAUAAGACGACGACGGGCUGCUUUGCGCCAAUCUUCGCCGCAUGCGUCCCCUCCGUUAAGCAGCAGCCCGGUGGCGGUGGCGCCGACGAUGCCGCCACGAGCCGCCUCAGCUUCUCUUUCGCGGACCAGAACCAGCCGGAGAGCAUCAUCGACCCGGCCGCCUCGGUCGUGGCCAGGAAGGACGGUCGGCAGCAGCAGCAGCAGCACUGCACCGUCAUCGUCGGCACCAUCUUCGGGAGCCGCAGCGGCCGCGUCACCUUCUGCGUGCAGCGCGACCCCGCCGUGCCGCCCCCGUUCCUCUUCGAGCUCUCCGUGCCCAUGCAGUCCCUCGCCGCCGAGAUGGCGUCCGGCCUUCUCCGCAUCGCGCUCGAGUGCCACCGCUCCUCGUCUAGUGCGGCCGGCGAAAAUGCUGCUGCUGCUGCCGGCGGCAGCUCACGCCCGAGAAACGUCUGGACAGCAUCCUGCAACGGCCGGGACGCGGGGCAUGCCGUGCGGCGGCCGCCCACGGAGUGGGAGCGUGGCGUGCUGCAGAGCAUGCGGACGAUGACGGCCGGCGUCGGUGCGCUGCCGGCCGCGGCAGCGCAGGAAGGGAUCGACGAGGAGGUGAUGUAUAUGAGGGCGACGUACGAGAGGGUGGUGGGCUCAAAGGACGCGGUGUCGUACCAUCUCAUCAGCCCGCGCACCGCCGGCGAUAGCCCGCCGCAGGAGCUCAGCCUCUUCCUGCUCAGAACCAGAGGCGACUGA